AUGUCGGCACUACGGAGUCGCCUGAACGACUGGGAACUCAUCUCCGGGCUCUCCUUUUGUGUCGCCACGAGCAGCGGAGAGUCAUGCCGGUCAUCGAGCGACUCUGCCUCGUCGGCCCCGUGCUCUCCAGAGAGCGUCAUCAGCGACUCUGGUGGCGCCGAGGGUCUUCCCGACAGUGUCGCCAGUCUCGUCUCCGGGGAGCUGUCGGACGUCGUCGCGCCGCCCCUGGACUCCGGGUUCAACCUGUCCCGGCUUCUGCUGCCCCAGCACCACCGGCAAGGGGAGACCGCCGCCGAAGCCCGCAAGCGCGACCUCCGACUCGUCGACGAAGUAGUGGCCGCCGCCGCCGCCGCGGCUGCUACGACGUCGGAACCCCGUCCCGUCGCCUCGCCUGCUUCGCCGCGUCCACAGUCGUCUACGUCGGCCGCCUCUGUGUCUUUAUCGUCUGCUUCGUGUCUUUCAUCAUCGUCGCCAGCUACAGCGACUGCCACGUCAUCUGCCGCUGCGUGUUCAUCCAUUUCGAUCUCGACGUCUUCUGCCGCGGAGCGUGUUUCAGUGAACGGCAGCCGCGUCUACUCCUGCGCCGUCAGUGGCGUCGUUGUUGCCGAGCGUGUCGGUGUCGUCUUCCAGUGGCUGCUCGGCGGUGACUACCGUCGCGUUGUGUGUGACAUCGUCCGCAGUGACGUCUGCUGCUGUGUGCCGACAGACGUUGAGCAAGAUGAAGAUGAGGCCGAGGAUGAAGACAUCUGCCGCCGGAGAGAGGCCGAAGUGGAAUCGCUGCUACGGCACUGCAUUGAUCUCGUCGUGGACCGGUUGGACCCGCAACACUGUGCCAGCAGCACCGGCAGCAGUACCAGCUCUUUACGCGGGUACAGAAGGGACCGCCUAUCAUCCCCGGAACCGCACCACCACCACAACCACCACCGUCAACCAGAAACCAGCAGCCAACAGGCGGCGGCGUCGCCGCGGAGCAGGCAUCACCAAGAUUACCAGGACCAUCAUCGCUCCAUUAGUCAUCAGCAGAAACGACUCACGCACGACGUGCACAGCACCGAGGCCGAGGUCGUGUCCUCAUGUAGAGAGCAGCGUAGCUGCCAAGUCCAGGAACAUUGUCAAACGGGUCAUACUCGCCAUCACCAUCAAAACUGCCAACGUCACCACUCGCAAGACCAAAACCAGCACCUAACAGCACCGUCACCCAGCCAACCGCCUUGUUCAUCAGAGUGCAGUAUCAGUAGUAGUAGUAGUAGCAUCGUUCCAGGAGACGAAGACUCUCGGUGUCUACUAGAGUCCCAGACUACAGUAGGAGACAAUGCGACGCCGGCGAACAAGCUGUCCACCGCAAAGGGUUCUAUACUGGCGGUGACACCGACGGUGUCCUUGACGGCGACGACGUCAUCCACGACAACGACGACAACUUCUAAAUCGUCGACGUCGUCUUUACCGGGCGCCUUCACCUCCGCGCCUUCUCCGUGUUCCUCGUCGUCGCAGUCUUCGACGGGUACGGCGUCGGUAGCCGCCGAAGACGGUCUGUUCGCGUGUCGUUGGAAGGAGUGUGAGGUGCGACUUCGAAGCGAGGACGCCCUGGGAGACCACGUCCGUGGGGCUCAUGUGGACACCCAGACCAGGGACCAAGGGGUCUACCUCUGUCGGUGGCAAGGAUGCAAGGUGUUCGAGCGGAACUCGUGUUCCCGGCAGUGGCUGGAGCGUCACGUGACCCUCAGUCACUGCGGUUCUCGUCCGUUUCCCUGCAUUGUCGGCGGCUGCGGGCAGCGGUUCGGCUCACAGGCGGCGCUGCAGAGGCACGUCAACGCCCACUUCGAGAGGUCGCUCAACGUGUGCGGAAUGGUGCUGUGCCGGGAGCUCCAUGAACAGCGAGAUUCUUCAGCGCAGCUGUCGCCGGCUCAGGUCCGGUGCCGUUGGGCGGCGGCGCUGGAAGCAGCGCCUCCGGGAGCGGCCGUCUCAUCGGGCGGAAGCCUCCUCGGAUCUCGGGGUCUGGGCUCGAAGGAGCUCGCAAACGGCGAGUCGCCGCUGAAGCUGCUCAGGCUGCGCAAGAAGCUCAAAUGCCGGCGUCGAGCGUGGGCUACUGCAAAACAUGCAGACUUCUUUGAUGCUGGCGUGAUGGAGGAGCUCAAGCACCGGCUAGGGAAAGUGAGUGCUCCGCAGUCUCCCGCUGAACCCCACUCUUGGAAUGGAUACACAGUCACUUUCCAUGGAACGGUCGUGGCGAAAAGGAAAGAAAGCACUGGGAAAGUUAAAGUGCUGCUUCACUGGGUUCCUGAGAACAUCCUGCCGGAUAGCUGGGAGCCCGAGAACCAGAGCACUGAAAAGGUGGUUGCUCUGUCCACACUGUCGGCAGACGAUCUUCACACACUAAACCUGUGGCCCAAGGAUUUGCCAACGCCGCGCCAGAGUUUGUCUGGCAGCCGCCGACGCAAGCGGAAGUGAGCGCGACAGCGAGGUGACUCAGGGUCGUGAUGCUGCAACACUGCCACGCUUUCUUUUCAUUUCCAAGAAUACCAUUUACUGUCAACAGCUGCUCCAUCGACAUAUGCAGCACGCACAUGUGUGGGCAUGAAAGUGGAUCACCGUUGGUAGCGUAAUUUAUUUUGUGGACAUUCAUAACGCAUGUCUUGUCCCAGACAACUUCGUCGCUGCAUCCCCAUCGCCAAAUGCCCUUUGCAGGCAACAGACUCUCCACUGCCUUCGACUGCACUGGCAAAUCAGUGACGGCGGAUAUGGCUUUCGGUGUGGCUGCACACAUUGCCGGAACUCAUCAUCAGCCUGCGCAUGGUGGGAUAGGAAGCAGUUCACUCCCUUGGUGGUGCAAAUGCUACAUACUUAUCUGCCUCAUUUCGACAGUUUUAGACAGCGAAAGACUGCUGUUUUUCCCUAUCUUCAGUGCGCAGUCAACCACUGAUGCAAUUCCACAUGAAACCGUGAUGCAAUGUAGAUCGGGCCACGAUCAUGGACUAACCUAAGCGGCUGCUCUACAAUUUUGGACUGGAAACAAUACUAGUACCAGUAGCUUGUUUGUGUCCCAACUAUUGUCGCCUCCGGUCAACAGUCAACGACACUCACUGCCCAUGAAGAACAGCACUGGUGGACAUAUGAAGUAGCCGACACUAUGCAUAUGUUUGUCAUCAAAGCUCUGUGCGGAGGUUUUACUAUUCUUUCCUUAUUUUUUUUUUCUAGCUCUUUCUCAUUCACGAGCUUCUGCGACAUUUGUAUGCAAGAGUUGGUUCGUAUCAAAAACAUUGCUUAUGGGAUACCACCGCUGGCUGCUUCUAACAUGAAAGUGUUGGUUUUCCACUUAAAGUAUAAACUAAGUAUAAUACAACUAAAUCCGUUAAAUGAUACUGAGCUUCCAAUAUUGCACCUACCUUGGUUGAAGCUAUCAUUGGAAGGUUUGAGCGUGUGUGCUUGACCACACUUAAAUUUAAGCAUUGUUUUUCGGUAUUUCAUCAUCAAAACUUGGGCUUCUUUCCAGUGGCACUUCUAGAUGAGUGGUGACAAUUAUAAACUAAAUAUAUGCAACCUCCAGAAAGUACUAGAAAGUUCCUUGGUUUAUCAAAUACACAGAUUCUUGACGAUUUAAGCAAAAGCCUCGCUGUGAGCAAUUACAUUUGUAUAGCGUGUAACAAGUGUUUCAGUAAGAACUGACUCAUUCUGUUGUAGUCUGUGUGGAAUACCAUUAACCUAUGUCAGAGUUGUUGAAUCAAGUAGUUGGGCAGCUACCAAGCAUUCUUCUCAAACUAAAACAGUGCUACAAUAACUUUGGGAAGGUUGGCCUUUGAAAAAAAAUUCACGAUUCUAGUAUAUUUUUUUCCAUUCUGAAGUGCGUUAUAUAACUGUUCGGCUUUCACUUGUCACCUCGCAUCAUACAUGCCAGCAGCAGCUGCGUUUUGGCACAAAUUUGUCAUCUCAUGCUGCCACACCAUACAGGAUGUACUGUUAUCGAAAUGCCGACAAAAGAACUGUGCCUUUAUUUUCCACAAGACCACGCCGAAAACAGUUCUUGAGUCAUGAACGCUAACUUACUGCCAUAUUACCAAUUUACAAAUAUGCAAGAAACCCUCAGCGAUUUAGUGUGUGCUCUGCAAUUUCGUGUGUAUGCAAUUUACGUGAGGCUUUGCGAAAUAGGGCCAAGAACGAGUUUCUUUUACUUACACACAAUGCUGUUUAUUGUGUAUUUGUUGCUUGCAUGCUUCUUAAGCGGUCAUUGAAAGCAUGCAGAAAACUUGUGUUCAGCGGCCCCCAAGAAGACUUGCUUCUUAUCCCAUACACUUUUUUCAACAGUUACGAACAAUACGGGGUCAUUCUGUGUUCCAAGAAAUAUCACACAUUUUGCUUUCGUCAGAUUGAAAAAAAUUUAAACUUUUCAGAGUCAUCUUAGUUUACCGCCACGCCCAAAUUGGUUUUCUGUAAACUUGUAAGUUGUUAAUUUUGCAGAGAUUAGCAUCUAAAUGAGUACUUCAAUGUUUUCAUGCAGUAGCAUUGAUGCCUGUUAUGUUUUUAGGCUUGAAAGCAAAAGGUGAGGCUGGGAAGACCCUGAUGUCGCAGAUGUCGAUCUGCAUUUUGCAAAAAGAAAAUAUAGGCUCCUUGGGGCUUAUUUGGUAUGCAAACAUUCAAAGUCCACAGACCUUUUUUUUUUCCUCAAAAGUUUCAUACCUUGGGAUUUGGAGGCUUUUAACAAUGUGUGUGUAUUACCAGUGUAGUAUGGCGUUCUUGACAGGGACGGCACACACUUGCGAGAAAGAGAACAUGAGCAGGACAGAUGACGAAUAUUGCUUCGGGACAAAGUGAGCCUAAAUAUGUCGUAGCUUCCUUUUGAGUUGACUCAGACGAUAGACCUGCUGAGAUAAGUCUGUUCUCAUGAUGCGUUCGUACAGAUCUUUUAUAUAAGUCAGAGUUUAUAUGUGUUUUAUCUGAAAUUUCUCUGGUAAAUAUAUCACUUCGUAUUGAAUUUGCAUCCUUUUUGUAACCAUAACGAAAAAAAAACCAAAAAAACUUGAGCAUUUGCACGAAUGCCUGUGGCCUUUUUUUGCAUUAAAGUAAAUUCUAGAAGACUGCCGAUUGCCGAGGAGAUAAAAGAUUUGGCAAAGCAACCUUCUUCCCUUGCUUCUACUUAGAAUCAUAUCUUAACAAAUUUCUCACGAGUCACUGCAAAAAUACUGUUUAGUUGCCAUUGAGAUGUCCUUGUCUACUGUGAAUACCAGGUAUUUCAGCGAAUGCUUCUUGCACCAAUACUAUUUUUGUUAGUCACUAUAAGAGUGCUAAUAAAGGCAAGGAAAGUGUGGUAUAGUUGAAUGAUACUUUUAAUGGAGUCAUACAUAAUAACGCUUAGGGAUAUCAGAUACGAGAAAAUAGAAAUUUCACAACUGAGGUCUGAACCUGCAUCUUCCACAGUUCGCGAGCAGCAUCCUCAAUGGGCGUUAAUGUCUUUAAGGCAUUAACAUUUACAAACCUGUCAACAUCCUGUUUUAUUGAUAUGUAUUGUUCUGGAGGGAGAUAUCACAUAUUAUAAUGUACAAUGAGCCAAAUAAUUUUCGUUCAUAAAGUUUGAGCCGUCAUGGCUACAGAGCUCCACCUAAGGCAACCUAAAAUGGGGGGACCCAGUGUAUGACCGUUCUGUUCAUGCAGUUUGCGCCAUUUUUGCUACUGAUCAGUGCAAAAGUGUUUUGAAAAUUAAAACGAUUCUGACUUUAAUGUUUUGAAGUAGCGAUGCUCUGGUAGUUUGUGCGGACACUGGCAUCGGUCUAAUAACCUUUAUAUGAAAUGUGUAGAUGCUUGUGCAGGUCUUUGUACUUUUGCUAUGAAAUGUGGGCCAAUUAAACAGUGUAGAUUUCAUCGACAUUGGCUUUAAAUGCUUCUUCUAGAAUUGCUUGAAGCAUUCUCUGAAAUGUCUGGUACAUCCUAAAAUAGGUGUGCCAUUAUGAGGUGUCAAUGUUACGUGCUACUGUGUUAGCUUAGAAAGCACUCUUUGUUAGAGCUCAAUUCAGCAAACACUGCCAAGAUCACCGCGCAUUGAAUGGAAUUAGUGCCGACGUAGCCUAGGGGCAAGCCGUUUUAAGGGAACUGUAAGGAACCAUGGUACACAAGGGCGAUCUUUUGCCUGGAAACUUAGUUGAGACUAUUGGUUUGAACCACCUUGUGCAGAACACGGAUAGCCAGUAUGGGUCUUGCCAGAUUCUCUAUCACAAUCAUCAUCAUAUAUUGAAGCACUUGAUUGGUGCUGCAUAACUGUGGUCACUAAACCUUUCAUGAGUCUAGCCAAACAUCCUUUUCGGAGGAGCGUUAAUUCACUAUACCUGUAGAAUAAGCAUGUCAUGCUUACUGUACUGCAAAGUUUCAUAAUGUCCCAAUCUUUCAGGUUUCAUCAAUGGGUAUUGGACUCUACGAGCUCAGAUAUGAGUAUCAGGAGAAAUAUUUUAUUGUGAUGUUUCAUUGAUGUCACUAUGUUGUAUUAUUUAGUGAAGUUUCCUGCUAGUAUGUGGCCCUGUCUCUUUUGACGAAUUGUGUCGUCUUCGCAGUUUCCUCUGCAACUUUACCUGAUAAAGGAAAUGGGAUGCAAUUUUUUCUGACCAGCUUUUCUAUUUCAUUUCGUAUGAAAGCUAUCAAGGUGCAAUGCACUUCUAUCUGGGACCAUGUGCCUUUUGUGUCACUAUCUCUGAAUGGUGGACGGAUUUGAGCCGAUUUUUUCGCACGCCUUUGAAACACCCGUCUCGGCAACCAAUGUUACUUUGAUGGCCGCUAGUGCAUUUGCUGCGCGUGGCAUUUUUCACGGUUGAAGAAUCACCAGGUUUGCGUUAGUGAGUUGUGUUCUUGAUAAGGCGAACAUAAAGAAACUCUGGAACCAGUAGCUUCGUUUCUCAGCAGCUUGUAUCAAAUGGAGCUGUUCCACAUUGACAAAAAAAAAUUGUUUCUCCUUCAUUAGUCAUUCGACUGCCUGGUUGUAACUAUUGGAAAAUAAUUUAAAAUGUUAAGCUUCAUCUCUAAAAUUUUUUAGCAAAUUUUCAUAGUUCAUUUAGCUACAUCUAUUGUUUGCCGACAGGGGUUCAUGUGACGAGGCGAUAAUGUAAAGAAAUUUGCAAAGCUUUUUCUUUGGUAAAAUAGAGUGGAUAGCGUGAAAAAAUGCUAGGGCUUAUAGAUAUGCAAGUCCUGGUGUUUCGAAAUAGUGCCAGCAGUGAAAGGAGGUCCGCUUCAGUGGUUCCUGUAGCGCAGACGCGAAAUUGCUGUCGAAAUGGGUCAGAUUUUGGUUUCCCGAAUGAGAGGCAAGUGUGAGGUGUUAUCGACAUUUCCAACAGUAGCAGCUUCAUUUGCGUUUCUCGCAUAUGUCGUGGCACCUGUCAUAACUGCUGUAGCUAGUUUUGCCAUAACUUUGGAACGUCGAACUACGAGUGGAGAAGGAAAAAGGCUUGAAAUGGAGCGCAUGUUUUCGCUGUUGUAAACGGUGGCAGCCGGGUGUUCAUCGCAGUUGGCGAAAGGUUGCAGCGUCGUGUCCUGGGUAGUUUAGCGAGUGCUGCCGUGCCGCAACUUGUGUUAUCACCCUCAGAUGCAACACGUUGGCAUGUUUUCACACAGUAAUUGUGUGAAUGUACGUAGUCAUUCGUUCAUUCUGUGAAGUCACUGUAGUCCCAUUCACACCCUGUUACGUAGGCCAGCCAUCAGCGUAGCCAAGAGGGACGCAAUCUUAUUUAUUCCACUUGCUGCUUGUAAUGUUUCUCUCUUCAUCCGACAUGUUGUGGUAUGGCUUAGCACAAACGUUGACCAGACUUUCGAGUGUGUCAUUUUUCAGUGCAUAGUGGCAGAGCAAAUUGCGACAGCAUCAGGAGCAGGCAUGUUUGGUCAUCGGAAAGUCUUGGACAAAGUUACCAGAGAUAGUGGCACGUCAUGCAGUGCUAUACAGACAUUUACACUGUAAAAUACUGGAAAGUAUAUAUAAAUAUAUAUAUAUUAUAUCCACUUUCAUAGCAGAGCUUGUAAUGAGGCCUAACAUUUCACACAUGUAUAUUGGCGAGCUUCGCCUACUUACUAUUAUCCUGAACUUCCCUUGUACUGAAAAUCCUAGUGUGCUUGCAGAGAAACCCAGCUAGAUGCAUAGCUUCCAUCAGUCUUCCUGAAUAUGAAGUAUAGGAAUUUGAAUAUUGCAUGAGAGCUUUCUUUGUUCAAUGCGGUUCUCUUCUUUUGAACAGAUAUACUUUUGAAAACAUAUUCGUACUAAAAGAUAAUAAUUCACCAUGUUGUUAUUCAAUUAUCAGUUAGAGAAAAAAGUGUCCUCAAGAUUGAGGGUUUUCAUUGGAUUUGAAGGAAAUGGGACUGGGUAACAGCAUGAGGAAAACUUCGGAACGACACAUGCCAUGUGGCUAUGAGCUCCAAUUUAACGAAAGGUUGACGGAAGUACGCACCUUGCUGUUGUAUAAAGCCCAGGAACCAACUUGUAAACUUACCCGUGUACAUGCUCCAUCUCCUCGACCAAGUCUCCCGCUCUACCAGCCAACAUGUUCAACACUGCCAUUGUAAAGAAAACGAAAACAGUGUUUUUAAUGAAGCUGUUUAUAAUAGUUAUAUACCACGUGAAAUUAAAAGAAAUAUAUACGAGGUUUGUUAGCAUAGUGGCUAGCGUCCCUAGCUGCGACCGAAUGCGGCUAAAAUGUGCGACACUGGCACAGCUCUGCAUUCAGCAUACAUUAGAAUGGAGGUGGCGCUGUACGAGUUUGCUGCUUGUCGGAACGUCGUGUUUUGUCGUGAAGGGUGUUGGUAAGCUGUAACUACAUCAUUGCACUAUCUUUAUUGUGUGUUUUUUGUACUGUAAAAGUUGUGGAGCUUUAUGGUUUGCUGGGCUUUUAUUUUACCUUUUCGAGAUUCUCUCACUUGUGAAUGGGUUCCUGUUCCUGGUGACAUUUCUGUCUGUAAAGCGUUAGCACGAAUUUACUUCUGGUGAUGGUUCAGGCUAGUGUUCAUGCACGAUUGUUGCACACAGUUGAACAAAAAGCUCUUUUCUAUAUCGUUUCUAAAAGUAGAUUUACUGGUGUCAUUAGACUUGGAUUUGCUGUUCUCUCCAGUUGCAGUUAUUUCUGUGAGAAUACCAGUACCACACGAGUGAUGUCAUUGAUGCCGCGGUAUUGGCCUGGUUAUUGGAACUGCUGUAAAAGCUGGGCAAGCCCAGUGCGCAUGCGAUCGAAACCUCGGCAACUGUGGUGUGGUUGUCACCAUUUUCACGACCCGCGAAAUGCAUGGCUUGAUGCACCAAGGUGGUGGUUCGAGCUAGUUGGUGCUCGAUGCUCAACCAUUUCUUGUGUCACUUCUUGGACUAUAUGGACGAAACAGACAUGGACGUCGCAAGCUUCCAACUGAAUUUAUUAUUAAAGUGAGACAUACAUACGUACAUGUGUGUGUAUGUGUGAAAGAACUAAAAGACCAAUGACGCAGGUGCGCAGUGUGCUGGCAUGCAUCAACUACUCACUACCGCAGAUAUAGUGUCUGUUUCGUCCUUUGCCCAGAAAACUGCACAAGCUGUAAUUGAGCCUGCGAUGUGUAACAUCCCGGGCUAUUUGUGGCUUUCUUGUCUGAAAUUGCGGUUGCAUAUUUAUUACUUCAGAGAGGGUCAUACCUCCGAACUUUCACUUACCACGAGGCUUCCUUGCUGUCUAUGUGACAGUGGGCUGUUUAUGAAGGUUUAAAUUUCAAAAUGAAGUUCACCAUGAGUAUGGUGCUCGGUGUCUGUUCCAUCUUGAGAUCGAUAUUUUCGCAGUUGUAUCAUCAGCACAACUCUGCUUCACCGGGGGGGGGGGGGCAUGCUGAUAUACAUCAGCAUUCUGUUUUAUGCAGCCUAGCCUAAAAUUCAUUUGAACACGUGGGUCACUGGAUAUCUUCCUGCAUUACAAUCAAGAUACGUUCCUGUGGCACUGGUCAUUUCACACUCUUGUUAUUUUUUGUUUUUCCUUUGACUAGGCUUGAGCCCUGUCACUAGUAGCUUAAAAUAUUGAUAUGCGGUUGUUGCACGCGCUUACUUUCUGUGGGUGAUUUUAUAUCUGUAUUGUCUGGCUAUUAUUGUUUAAAAUGGUAAGCAUAUGAAGAGAAUCUGCUUUUCAUCAUGUGCCUGUUCCUCUGUUCUCAGAUUAACUUCUUCCUUUUGGGGGAGCUUAGCAGUUUUCAAAAAGCGUCAUGCGCUGACCGCUGGUUUGUGUAUGUGCCUUUAUUCAUUCUGUUUGUAGUGCUAGUCAUAUUGGAGCUAGUGCAGCAUUUCUGGAAGUGAGAUGCAAGGGGACUUUGAAAUCUUGCCUCAAUAUAAGCUAGUGUUUGUGUUUCGGCUCUGUGCUUUUUUUCUUGUUGGUUGUUUCGAUGCUCGUGCUGAGGAUUCGCAAAUAAGAAAGCUCAAUUUUACACCGUUUACAUCGCAACAAUGCCGAACCAGGUGCAGGUGUGAGUUUCGAAUGGCUCUUACCCUUUGUUUCAUUCAGGUUAAAGCACCGCCAAUUUAUAGUCAAACAGCGGAUUUUUUUUCCAAUUUUUUGGUUAUGUUUGUUUCUCGGCAAUGAGCCGUCAUGGGGAGGAUGCUUGUUCGUUAUAGGGACCAUGCCUGCUUGCUUUGAAGCCAUCUUAAGCUUGGAACAGUUCACAGUUAUGUCUUCAGUUUUCAGUGUAUAGUCACUCAGUUUAUUGAUGCAUUCAUGACAACCAUUAUCUCAUUAAAAACAUGCAUGUGUGAGUUUUCAGACCAUGUAGACAAUUUCUUACGUUUGCCUAAUGAUAAACUGCACCAUGAUGUGUUAAAUUCUCUACAUUGCGGUGGUGCAGGCUAAAGACUGAGACAACAGACAAAGCACACCAUGAGCCAUGUAGCACAGUGUGUGCCUUUUUGGGUUCUUUAUAAAUUUAGCGUGCGCUACUGUCAAGUAGAAUGCAAUGUCGACAGAACCGCGUUACCACCCUCAUUGUGCUAAGUCGUCUCUCGCAUUUCUAGAUCUAUGGCAGUUCCUCUACUAGCCAGUACGAAGAGAGUUUCCAGAAUUUUGAAAUGAUGUCAGUUAAUGGGAUGAUGCAGUCUUCUUUCAGGAGUCGAGCUGACAAAAGAAGGAGAUCGUUUAGAAUAAACUGAUAAUCAUUAUUACUUUCCUGAGUGGUCCCCAUGAUGAUAAUCUUUCAUCAGAGUGUGCAUCAGCUAUCAUUAUGCUCGAAGUUGUGUUUUUUGUGUGCUCCCCACGCAAAGUGGAAGCAGUAGAAUGAUCUCGUAAACCAGAGCAGAUGACAUUUCGUACCAUCGCAGCAUCUACUUUUGGAUCUCUCUCAGCAUUAAGUUGCAUGUAAAUGUUACUUGAUAUGUGUCAGUUUAGUUUGAAUGUUACGGAGAAGCAUAUGUUUAAAGGAACUUUCAGAUCUAUAUUUUUCUGAAAGGUAGUGUAAAGUGUGUCUGGGUAGCCUUUCACUGCCAUUUGUUAGGCAUAUGCCAUAAACGUUUGUUUCGUCUCCUGGUAUUGCACGCAACAAGUGUGGGACGAUUGCAUGAGUGAUAGUUUAAACUGAUACAUUUUUCGAACUGCGUUCUGUGGGCUGUUUGCUCAGCGUUCCGAAUGUUUGCCCUGUGUCAGAAUUUAUUUGGUUUUGUUUCUCAUUUACAUGCCUCAACUUUUUUCGGGAGGGGGUUGGUUCGUGGGAAGAAUCUUGUUGUGUCCUUUCUUCCGUUCGUGAAGCUCAGUAUUGACAUUUACAGGAGCAUGAGUAGUUGAUUCAACAUGAGCUGCUUUGACCUGCAAAGAUUGCUUUUGAGGAAAAUAUAGUAAAUUUUUGCUGGGACCAAGUUUUUUGUUACUAUUCCAUGAUCCUGGUUUAAUUUUCUGGUAGUUGAAACGUGGUCAUUGUUCAGGGUUCAUUUAAGAGGCAUUACCAGUUCACACAAGAUUAUGAAACUUGGGAGAUCUACAGUGCUCUUUCUACUGCUUUGUCUGACCUGUUUCUUUAUCUGGUGUGCACUAUUGAUGCCUUCUAAAGUGAUCCUCACUUUCUUAGAUAUAUCUUACCACCGCUUAGCCUAGGAGCUUUCCACGUGUUCUUUUCAAGGUGUCAGAAAAAGAAGUCUUUGGUUCAGAUUUGUGCAAUGUGGCACCAUAAAAGUGGACUCGUACCUGGAGUGUUGUGGAGUUUCACACCAGCACCAGGAUGCAUGAGUUCUGUGCCCAUAAACAUAAUUUAUGCAGUUAUCGUGGCACAAUGCGAAGGAUGAAUAUAAUGAUAAACCGUGCAAGACAUGCUGUUAAGGGAAAUGAUAGAGUUGUGCCAGACAUUACCUUUCCAGCUUUCUUCCAAGUUGCGUCAAUGUGAGUUUUCUUAAAAUGCGACCAUGUCAGUUCUGGUACGCAUUCUUAUGUCAUCCGAAUAGGCCCUUUGUAGAACUUGUUACUCACUUCAGUUGCAAUCUUAAUGCUUUGUAAGCAUCGCCUGUGCGCAUUUGUGUACAGAUUUCAACAACUUUUUUUUUUCUGUGCUGUGGCUUUUGUGGUAUAUUUAUACUUUUUUCUUGACUUGUUUUGAUAGUCCACAACACUGUGCCAAGUGGUGUAUUUGCAGAUUUCGUGGUGUAUGCAGGAAGUGAAAAAAGUAUAUUUUUUUGUAUAAAGCACAUAGGCUGUCUGCUUUGAGAAGUUGUGUUUUAAAUGUUUUUUUUAAGUCUCAUAACACUGUACAGCUUGUUUUUAACAUGGUUGCACUUUCUGUGUGCCAUCCUUUCAAUUUUUCACCAUUUUUUUUUUUUUCAAUUUUCUUUUCCUUACAUUGUCGAUUCUUGCGAGAAUGGGUUGUUGAUGUGUAAAUUAUUUUUCUUUUUUGCUAGUAGGACAUUGUCUGUACAUGAUUAUUAUUAUUAUUAUUCUAAUUAUUAUAAAGUGAGCACUUUUGGCAUUGAGCAACACCCAGGUGUGGCCGUGUCACUACCUGCAACAUUUUGCAAAUACAGGGCAACAAAAGACACUAUCCUGUAAGCAUGUUUGCUGUCUCUACUUUUUUGGCAUCACUCAUGAGAACUCUCGAUGGCAUGUCCUUGUGUGGUGUCAUACUGACCCCAAACAGCAUUCCUAAUGUUAGACCCUAGGAUGUUGUCUUUUGCCUCAUUGUGACAGAGUUUAGGCUGCCACAGUUUUGUCAAACAGUUUGCUCUGAACUUAUAGAUGUAGGAAGUGAAUAGGUCUUUCCGGUAAAACUCAAUAGUGUAUACGUUUUGAACAAAAAGUUGCAGCAAGAGAUGAUAAAAAAAUAUAAAAUUUUAUGCCAAACCAGGUACAUUCUUUUGUGUUGGUGGUCACAUAACUACAAUGUUAUGUAUAAAUAAUUCUAUUUGCUUUUAGGUAUUGCACCAUCAAUUUUGCUAUUGUAAUGUUUUUACCAUGAUGUUUACCAUGUAGUAUGUAACUAAAUUACUGUGCUGUGCACUAAAAAAAAAAAGAUUUUUAAAUUGUACAUUCGGCUGCAGUAGGUACAGUGGUCUUCAAAACUUUCGAGAUCACGCUGCCUUAGGAUUGAUUGAUUGAUUUGUGGGGUUUAACGUCCCAAAACCGACUAUUUGAUUAUGAGAGACGCCGUAGUGGAGGGCUCCGGAAAUUUUGACCACCUGGGGUUCUUUAACGUGCACCCAAAUCUGAGUACACGGGCCUACAACAUUUCCGCCUCCAUCGAAAAUGCAGCCGCCACAGCCGGGAUUUGAUCCCGCGACCUGCGGGUCAGCAGCCGAGUACCUUAGCCACUAGACCACCGUCGCUGCCUUAGGGUUACAUAUCGUAAAAGCUUCAGAACUUUAUGCCAUUUCUGUAGGUCUUCUGAGGUCCUUAUGUAGAUAAUGUUCUUGGAAAGAUAAUUUCGUGGGGGGAAUGAAGGAAGCAUUAAUUAGCUUAAGUAUUACCAGGCCUAUGUUGCAAGAUAUUACUGCAAUUUUAUGAUUAGCUUACUCAAACCGUUUUCCUCAUUGUUAAAUGUCACGAAAGUCAAAUAUUAAAUGAUAGUUGAAUAAAUUUCACUACCUGGAAGGAUCAAUUGUCGUUGGGCCAUUUGUAGCUUGGCUGAACGUAUUAUGUCAUUACCCACUGAGAAAUGACGUGCAGUAAGGAGGUACACAGGGUUACGUUACGGAAAAUCGAUCUGCGGACAUUUUUUCUCAUACGGGGACAUGCCCAAGAGAUUCUGAGCCAAUAGCACCUCAUGCUGCAUUGAUGCCUCUUGUGCCGAUGUCCUUUCAGUGACAGUGCAUGCUUGUUGGAUUACGGACGGGUGUUAUGUUGCGGUCUUUUUUUUUUGGUUGCCCUGUGCAGUUGAGGUUUUGACCACUGUUCACAUAUUUGAGUUGCUGGCGACUGUUGAUGACCAAGGGUGGUGUCACAUCGUGUUCGUUUUUGUUUGUUAGCUUUUUACAAAGUUAUGUUUGUAUUCUGUGCUCUAGGGGUGGACUGUAUGUGUGGUUUUCAGAGGAUGAUUUUCCUUUCCUAAUGCAUGCAAGGUGUCUAUUUGAGUGUAUGUAUUUGCAUAUUGCAUCGAAUGGAAAUGUGUGUGUGUGAGCAAUGUUUGAAAGCAGCCACAUGAGAGUUUCUGUGUGUACAUGUGCGUUCCUCAAUACAGGAGGUGCGUGCUGUUUCUAGAUGUCGAAGUUCCAUAUGCUAAUAAACACAUUCACCAAUUUUC